AUGGCACACCCCUCACAACUAGGAUUCCAAGACGCGGCCUCCCCUGUAAUAGAAGAACUUCUCCACUUCCAUGACCAUGCCUUAAUAAUCGUUUUUUUAAUUAGCACCCUAGUCCUAUAUAUUAUUGUUGUAAUAGUUACCACUAAGCUCACCAAUAAAUACAUUCUAGACUCCCAAGAAAUUGAAGUUGUAUGAACAAUUUUACCAGCAGUAAUCCUUAUUAUGAUUGCCCUGCCCUCCCUACGAAUUUUAUAUCUAAUAGACGAAGUCAAUGACCCCCAUCUUACUGUAAAAGCCAUGGGCCACCAAUGAUACUGAAGCUACGAAUACACAGACUAUGAAAACCUGGCCUUUGACUCCUACAUAGUCCCAACACAAGACUUGGCCCCCGGACAGUUCCGACUCCUAGAAACAGACCACCGAAUAGUGGUCCCAAUAGAAUCUCCCGUCCGAGUCCUAGUAUCAGCCGAAGACGUCCUACAUUCAUGGGCAGUCCCAGCACUUGGUAUUAAAUUAGACGCCGUCCCAGGACGACUUAACCAAACAUCUUUCAUUACCUCCCGCCCUGGCGUAUUCUAUGGACAAUGUUCUGAAAUCUGUGGGGCCAAUCACAGCUUCAUACCAAUUGUUGUAGAAGCCGUCCCGCUAGAACACUUUGAGAACUGAUCCUCCCUCAUACUUGAAGACGCCU